AUGCUUAGUGGACUCUAUGUCUUAACGAGUGGAAAUCAUCAGGGUAUUUAUGUAAAUAGAGAAAGGAGAAUCCUUUGCCACGUGGCUUACACCUUCCCAUUCAAGGGGUGGAGGAGGUUGCUGCCUGCUGCUUACUUAAAUUUUCUCCAAUACGACAAUCGGGCAUGGUGGAACUGCUGGAGGGAUGCUCCCCUUAGCCAUCGUCUUGGAUGUUUUUGUUACGAAUCAACAUCAAGAACAGUUCCAGUAAGAAAAUCAUUGUCAAUAUCAACACCACCAAGAGGCAACGACACACUGGCACCGGCAACAACUACAACAAAAAAACUCGGACAAAACAGUAUCUCCCGUACGGAAAUCACAGGUAAAUCUGUGGUGGAUGAUAAUUACUCGGAAAUCAGAGGAAAGCAGGUAGACAGAAUCGAAGCUAGACCAGAAAAUUUUGGGGAAAUAUGUGGUCAAAUGGAUAAGCCAAGGGAUGAAGGCAAUCACCAUCGAUUUUAG